GACUUGGAACCAAAGUUUCUAUUCCAACUGUCUCCACCGAACGGCGCAAACCGUAUUUUGAGCAGCUCCGUCCAGACUUGAGUUUUAUUUACUCAAAUCUUUUUUUAAAAAAAUAAAAAAAGCCCAACAGCUUUUCGCCUUUGGAUAUUAACUAAAAAAAACAAAAAACACAAAAUGGCUCUGCGUUUAGGACCCAAAGGUAUGGACAGGGCUAUCCAGUCCAAGGUGCUCUCAAAAUACGAUACCAGUGCCGAACAAGAGGUUCGGGAUUGGGUUAAACAGCUGGUGGAUGAGGAUAUUGGAGGCGGCCCAUAUGAAGUCGAAAAACAGCUUAAAAGUGGCGUUACCCUCGUCAAACUGGCAGAAAAAGUUAUUGGCGGUACCCCAGAUGAUCAUCUUCCACCAGAUGCAAAGACUUGUACCCUCAAGACAAAUGCAUCCGCUACACCUUUCAAACAGAUGGAAAACAUUGAGACCUUCUUGAGAGCUUGCAAAGCUUAUGGGGUGCCUGACAACAGCUGUUUCCAAACCGUUGAUCUGUUUGAAGGUCGUAACAUGGCAAUGGUGAUUGCAACACUUUUGCAGUUAGGUACCGAGGCCCAACGCCGAGGUUUCAGUGGACCUGUUUGUGGCCCCAAACCAACUGAAAAACAUCAAGUAAAUUUCAGUGAAGAACAACUAAGAGCCGGAGAGGGAAUUAUUGGUUUGCAGGCAGGCACUAACAAGUUUGCCAGUCAAAUUGGUAUGAAGAUUGGAGCUGUGAGACAUAUUGCAGAUAUCCGAGCUGAUGACAUGAACAAAGAGGGCCAAGGCGUAAUCUCCCUCCAGGCUGGCACAAACAAGUUUGCCACUCAGUCAGGUAUGUCUUUUGGUGCCGUCCGCCAUAUCGCUGAUAUUAGAGCAGAUGAAAUCACCCAGGAUUCUCAGGGUCACAGUUUGCAGAGUGGAACCAACAAGUGUGCCAGUCAGGCUGGUAUGAGUGGUUUCGGAGCUGUUCGCCACAUUAGUGACAUCAGAGCUGAUGACAUGAAUGCAGAGGGUCACACAGUGAUUGGUCUCCAGGCUGGUAGCAACAAGGGUGCCAGCCAAAAGGGUAUGAGCUGUAUAGGUGGCGUGAGACACGUAGCUGAUAUUCGGUGUGAUGACAUUACAAAAGAUGCUGAAGGUAUGUUGACUCUGCAGGCUGGUACAAACCAGUUUGCCAGUCAGAAAGGCAUGACCUCUUUCGGUGCUGUUCGCCACAUUGCUGAUAUUCGAGCUGACCAAUAUGACAAAGAGAGCGAUGGUUCCCUGUCACUCCAAGCUGGAACCAACAAGUUUGCCAGCCAGGCAGGUAUGUCCUUUGGUGCUGUCCGCCACGUGGCUGACAUCAGAUGUGACGAAUUCAGUGAGUCAGGUAAAUCUACUAUCAGUCUGCAAUACGGUCAUAACAAGGGAGCCAACCAGACAGGCAUGAACAUUGGUAAAGCACGACACAUCUGUGAUUAAGCUGUUUCUUGAUGCCUGGAAAUCCAACUGUAACGGCAGUACAACCUCCAACACCUUCACCAACUAGUACCAUCACCACUGCCACCAGAACUACUACCGCCGCCACCACCACCACCACUUUGGAAGCAACAGUAACAGCAGCAACAACAACAGCAGCAGCAGCAGCAGCAACAGCAGCAGCAGUAACACCAAUUGAACAAUGAACAACAAUGACAUCAACAACAGCGAUAAUAACAGCAUUCACAAAGACAACAAGAGUAACGGUAAAUUACAACAACAGCAACAAUAGUUAAAACGAAAGAAUAUCCAAAGAAUGAAUGAAUGCAAAGGAUCUUUGAAAUAAACACCAUCAGAACAAAUAAGGAUAAGAAGGAAGAGUGAAAAUAUUACGAAAACAAUGCCUUUCUGAAAUAAGCGAUGAUUAUUAUUAUUAAUAUAAAUAUCAAUAUCAUAAUGAUUAUUAUUAUUAUUAUUUUGUAUAUUUUACAUCUUCAUUUUUGUGAAACAUCAAGGUCCUUGGAGCAAUAGAUUCAUCAUGUCCUUCCUGGUAUGACCGCUUGAACUAAAAGUGAACGUAACAAACAAAAAUCACGAAACAAUUUCUAACAAACAAAUGACAAUAAUAAUAAAAAUUUUUUUUUGAAAAUUGAAAUAAUAAUAAUGAUAAUAAUAAUAAUAAUAAUAAUGACAGCAGCAACAGCAACAACAACAACAACAACAACAAAACGGUAAAGUUAACUUUUGUUGCUGAAAAAUUCCUUUAAAAGAAAAAUAAGCAAAGAAGAAAACCAGAGAGUGCUUCAAUAAAUUCAGGAAGUAAGGACAAGACUAAAACAACAAAACAACAGUGAUAAACCUAUUAGAUGUUAUUUGUCAAAUUAGAAAUUAAGACAAAAAAAAUCCUCCAAUGAUUGCAAUGACUACCACAGGGAAAUUUCUUUGUUCGAAAUGAAAAUGACAGACACUCACUUGCCCUAAGUUUCAAUUAUGUUCAACUAGUUUUUCCUUUCUUUCUUUCUUUCUUUCAAUCUACAACCAUGCCAUUUAGGUUUGUAAAUUGCUUCCUUUUUUUUUUUUUUUUCCGAUUAUUUUAUUAUUAAUAUUUUUUUUUUUUUUGCUUGUUUGCCUCGCAAUAAAAGAGAGAGAAAGGAGUGACAUGCCCUCUUAAAAGAAAAAAAAAAAAGGAGAAUAAUAAAUAUAUUGAAAUUCUAGUUGUCUUUGAAGCCAAAAAUGUCGGAAAUAUCUUAUAAAUAAAUGGGAAAAAAACAAA